CCACCCAAUCGAUAGAUAUAAAUUCAGCUAGCAAACCCUCUUGCUUCUCGAAAACCCUAGCGGCCACAGAUCCUAAGGCUUUUGAGCUUUUCUCCCACCUAGUGUUUCCGUUUCCGAAAGCUCCACAACCAUGGCGGACGUUGAGACCGAUGUGGCGGCAGCUGGAGUUCCCAAGAAGAGGACGUUCAAGAAGUUCAGCUUCAGAGGUGUCGAUUUGGAUGCUCUUCUCGACAUGUCGACUGAUGAGCUUGUCAAGCUCUUCCCUGCCAGAGCUCGCAGAAGGUUUCAGAGGGGUCUCAAGCGCAAGCCCAUGGCUUUGAUCAAGAAGCUGCGCAAAGCGAAAAGGGAGGCUCCACCCGGUGAAAAGCCAGAACCAGUCCGCACUCAUCUUCGUAACAUGAUUAUAGUGCCAGAAAUGAUUGGAAGCAUUAUUGGUGUGUACAAUGGUAAGACCUUCAAUCAGGUUGAAAUCAAGCCUGAAAUGAUUAGUCACUACCUCGCAGAGUUCUCAAUCUCAUACAAGCCUGUCAAGCACGGUAGGCCUGGUAUUGGUGCCACCCACUCUUCGAGGUUCAUUCCUCUUAAGUGAGAUCCUUUCCUGCUGUCUAGAUAUCUAAUCGUGUUGUUUCUGAAGACUUUGAUGCUGAUCACAUUUUUGCUCAUUACUAUUUCAGUUUUGUUUAUGUUUCGACUUGUGUUGUUUACUCUUUAGAUGGAAGUUAAAUUUACAGUUGGGGUUUCAGACGAAUGAUCGUAAUUUUCUAUUUAAUGUAUGAGAACUUGAAUUUAAA